CUUGGAGACUGCGGUUCCUCUUGCCGGGAGCUCUUAGCCCUUUAAAAAGCACCUGGCUUUUAGCUCGGGCAGUGGCUGCAGCAGCAGGAGCCACCUCCGGAACAUCCCUUCCCAUACCUCUGGCUUUGGAAUCCUCUUUUCAGCCUGCUCCCUAUUCCAGCCCUAGGGCCAGUUACCCACUGGCUAGACUACUCCCUUCAGUCAAACUCGCCGUGGUUUGGACUGCUCCAAGGUGUAAAGUGCUGGGUGUCCAGUUGCCCUAGCCCCCUCAGUCUUUUCCUUCUCCUUUUCCCUGCCCCUCGCUCCAUGCGCCUGAGGAACAUGUCUGGGAACUUUCUGCUCGCCCCCAUUCCGGAGUCUUCCUCUGACUACGUGCUCCACAAGGACAUUAAGCUGGCAGUGCUGGGCUCGGGCAACGUGGGCAAGAGCGCAAUGAUUGUGCGCUUCCUGACCAAGAGGUUUAUUGGAGAUUAUGAACCCAAUACAGGCAAACUAUAUUCAAGGAUUGUUCAUGUAGAAGGAGACCAACUGUCCUUACAGAUCCAGGAUACUCCGGGAUGCAUUCAGGUCCAAGAUGACUUUGUCCAGGUAUUGGAUUCCCUCUCCAGAUGUGUACAGUGGGCAGAGGGUUUUCUCCUGGUGUAUUCCAUCACAGACUAUAGCAGCUACCAGUCAAUCAGACCCCUUUACCAGCACAUCCGCAGGCUCCAUCCCAACUCCAAGACUCCCAUCAUUAUCGUGGGGAACAAAGGGGAUCUUCUCCAUGCCCGGCAGGUGCAGACUAAUGAUGGCAUCCAGUUGGCUAAUGAGCUGGGCAGUGUGUUUCUUGAGAUUUCAACCAGUGAAAACUAUGAAGAUGUCUGUGAUGUUUUUCAGCAUCUCUGCAAAGAAGUUAUCAAACUGCACAGCCUCAGUGGGGAAAAAAGGAGAUCUUCUCUCAUUCCCCGACCCAAAUCUCCCAACAUGCAGGACCUCAAGAGACGCUUCAAGCAGGCUCUGUCUUCCAAAGUCAAAUCAUCCCCUUCAAUGGGAUAAACUCAUGCUUUAGCAGACUCUGGUCUCUUUAUUAUGCAUCUGUGCAGCUAAACAGACUGGUUUCCCCCUUUUUAAUUACUCAUUCAGAGUUUAUUUUUGUACAGGUAUUAAUUUUCAUGUGUGUGUGUGUGUGUGUGUGUGUGUGUGUGUCUUAAAGAAAAUGGUUUACCCCCAGCUUUAAGGGAAUUUUUGUAUGUGAAUUUGUACCAAAAUUGCUAGUUACUUUUCCAUUAAAGGUAAAAUGAUAACAUGGUUUCCUAUUGUUAUUUGUUUUUCUCUUUUCUUUGGUGGCAUAUUUGCUGUGGAGAAUACAGCAUUGUAGGAGUUAAAAGUUUGCCCUCAACUUGAGUCAUGAAUAAAUAAUAAAGUGUAAUAGGGAGGGCUUAUAAAAGAAUUCUGCUGCAAGGGCUAGGAAAACAUUUGUAAUAAAGAGCUUUGACUAACUAUAACAUGUCUUUUGCCUGGGGAGUUUGGAAUGGGCUAGAAAUUUUAAAAAAAUGUUGAGUAUCAUUGAUUUUAACGGGAAGGUGUUGAAUAUGAACAAACACUAAAACAAGUCAUAGUCUGAGAAAAUGGUGUUAAUGUCAGGAGAGUACAUCUAUACAUCUCAUUUAUUGGUGCUAUUUUGCAAAAAAAAGAAAAGGACAGCUCUUUUGCGGAUUGUUUUUCAGGUAGCAAAAGGACACUAAUGGGACACUUUUUGAAAAAAGCCUUGCUGUGCAAGAAACCCAUUUGUAUCCAUCCUCUGUCCAAUUACUGUGGCUGUACUGUGCUGAGGAGACUGACUAUAUGUGCAACAGAGCACAGAGGAGAAUUGGGGUCCCAAACAAUCCAAGUAACUGAGGGGAAAGUCAUUUUUUGGUUUGAAUUAUUCAGAUUAUUCAAAUACCUAUUCUAGUUUUCCAUGCCAGCUUGCAUAUGUAACCAAACACAUAAAUAAAGAUUUUUUUUUCUUGGUGCCUAUUUCCUGUUUCUGUUUGAUUCCAUCACACAAAAAUAAAAAAUAAAAAUUG